AUGGAGACAGCCAUCACACCAGAGACAGCAUCGUGCACCCAGCAGCAGGUAGAAGCAGCUGCUGACCCAGCGGAUGCCCCAGGACCCCAGGCUUCACGGCAGCGGGAGGCAGCCAGCCUUUCUCAGCAGCUCCUGCCCUCUAUUGAAGAGCACCCCAAGAUCUGGCUACCUCGGGCCCUGAGACAGACUUACAUCCGGAAGGUUGGGGACACAGUGAAUCUACUAAUCCCAUUCCAGGGCAAACCCAAACCUCAGACCACCUGGACUCACAAUGGCUCUGCCCUGGACAACAGUCGUGUGAGUGUGCGGAAUGGGGAACGGGACUCCAUCCUUUUCAUCAGAGAAGCCCGACGUGCUGAUUCAGGAUGCUACCAACUCUGUGUGCAGCUUGGUGGGCUGCAGGCCACUGCCACCAUCAAUAUCCUGGUGAUUGAGAAGCCAGGUCCUCCUCAGAGUAUUAAGUUGGUGGAUGUUUGGGGCUCCAAUGCUACUCUGGAAUGGACACCUCCACAAGAUACGGGCAAUACAGCACUCCUGGGAUACACGGUGCAGAAGGCUGACAAAAAGUCUGGGCUGUGGUUCACGGUCCUGGAGCGUUAUCACCGCACCAGCUGCAUUGUCUCCGACCUCAUCGUUGGCAACUCCUAUGCCUUCCGUGUCUUUGCCGAGAACCAGUGUGGGCUCAGUGAAACAGCUCCCGUCACAGCUGACCUCGCCCACAUCCAGAAAGCAGCUACUGUUUACAAGACCAAGGGCUUUGCCCAGCGGGACCUCUCAGAAGCCCCCAAGUUCACCCAGCCGCUGGCAGACUGCACUACCAUCACUGGCUACGACACCCAGCUCUUCUGCUGUGUGCGUGCCUCCCCCAGGCCCAAGAUCAUCUGGCUAAAGAACAAGAUGGAUCUCCAAGGCAACCCCAAGUACAGAGCCCUCAGUCACCUGGGGAUCUGCUCUCUGGAGAUCCGCAAGCCUAGUCCCUUUGAUGGAGGCAUCUAUACCUGCAAGGCCAUCAAUGCCCUGGGAGAGGCAUCCGUGGACUGUCGGGUGGAUGUUAAAGCUCCUCAUUAAGGCUGCCCUAAGACGACAGGAAAUUCA